GGCCAGCGCGGUGACCCGGAAGUGCAGUGGCCGGGUCAGCUCCAUAUCCCCAAGUGCCGGAAAGCCGCCUCUCUCUUUCAGCCAUCUUGGAUCGUCGCUCUCUUCACAAAAUGCCUGGUGAAGCCACAGAGACCGUUCCUGCCACAGAGCAGGAGCUCCAGCAGCCUCUCGCAGAGACAGCUGCCUGUCCUCCAGACUCCGGUGCUGGUGGCUUGUCUCCUGUUGCUGCUAGCACUCCUGCUAAAGAAGCCAGCGUGAAGCCUCCAUCUCCUUCCAAACCUGUUCCUGUCGCCAAGCAAAGCUCAAAGUCUGCUUCUACCUCCUCUCCUAAGUCCUCGUCGCUCUCUCACUCUACUCCUCCAUGCUCUCCUCUGGGCUCCUCGGCAAGCCCAAAAAGUUCGAUCAUGUCACACGAGCAGGGUGGCAAAUCUGGGCAACAGCCAAAGGUGGUCAAAGCUGGCAAGCAGGGCAAGGCCAAGAAAGGUGGGGGGAAGCAGGCAGCCAAGACGAAGCCUGGCGAGGCCGCAGCGGAGCCGUCCGAUCCCCCCGCCGCUACCGAAUCUCAGCCUAAGGACAAGCCUGUGGACGUCCAGCCUCAGUCAUUAGCUGACGUGUCCGCACCAGCACCCCAGCUGCAGGCUCCCAAAGCCCCCGAGUUGCUUCAGCCCGAAGCAAAGGAUGCCAUCAAAACAGAGGGCACCAACCAGCCUGCAAUAGAGAAGGCCAAAACUCCUGACGCAGCUGUCCCCCAGGCUGUGGCAGAAGAACCCAAGGUGGGGACAUCCCCACCACCUGCCCCCGAGCUCAAAACAACUGAGGUGGUGCCAGAGACUGCACCAGCCCCCCAACCCAAAGUCCCUGAGGCAUCCUUGGCUGCCACCAAACCCGUGGCAGAGGAGGCCACUAAACCAGAAUCAGCCUCUCAGACUAAGGUAGAAGUGCCCCAAAAAGCCAGACCCCCGAAGCCCGAGGCUGCUACAACAGAGCCCGUGCCCCAAGUGCAGGACCACAGUACACCCAAAGUACCCCAGGAACCUCAGUCAUCCACAAGUACCCCUCAGCCAAAGUCGGAGCAGUCCCAAACAAUAGAGGGUGCCAGUCAGGCCACAGUACAGGAGGUGCCUUUGCUGGGCACACAGCCCAAAGUAGAUUCGGCUGCCACCGUGCCCCCCGUUGCCUUUAAGAUCACUCCCCACACCCCCGCCUCUGCUCCACUUUCAUUCGCUGCUGCUGUUGCCUCUGGUCUCCCUAAAAGCCCUCCUGCUGCCAUCCCCUCCAAAUCCCCCAAGCAGCCCUCCGAGUCUGCUGCAGCACCUGUGCCAGCCGUUCAGACUCCGCCAGUAGCUGCUGACGCGCCAGUGGUAAGUGCCCCUGCACCCUCUCCUCGCCCAGCCGCAGAUACCCCAAAGGCAGUCGAGGGCAAACCCCCAGCAAGUUCACCUGUUGGCCCUGCCAGUAGCGCCCCGGCUGCAGACCCCACCUCUGCUGCUCAGUCUUCUAAGCUGUCUCCGUCUGCCCCUGCUCCUCCUACAGUGGAUGAUGACGAGUUGCCACCCCUCAUCCCCCCUGAAGAGCCUGUCCAGGAGAUGACCUUUGACCCCCCUGUCUUGGUAGAGAAGCCCAAAGCUGCAGUCGCGACCCCUAAACUGCCAUCUGCCCCGGUGGAGCCCAUCCUCAAGAACGACAAGGGGUCCGGCACGGAAUCGGAAAGCGAUGAGUCGGUCCCCGACCUGGAAGAUCACGACUCUGCACAGGCACAGACGCAGCAGGCUCAGCUAGCUGCAGCCGCCGAGAUAGACGAAGAACCCGUUAGCAAAGCCAAACAGAGCCGGAGUGAGAAGAAAGCUCGAAAGGCCAUGUCCAAACUCGGUCUUCGCCAAGUCACGGGGGUCACCAGAGUCACCAUCAGAAAAUCCAAAAACAUCUUAUUCGUCAUUACCAAGCCAGAUGUUUACAAGAGCCCGGCGUCUGACACUUACAUUGUGUUUGGAGAGGCCAAGAUUGAAGACCUCUCCCAGCAGGCACAGUUAGCGGCUGCAGAGAAGUUCAAGGUGCAGGGAGAGGCCGUGUCGAACAUUCAGGAGAACACGCAGACGCCCACCGUACAAGAGGAGAGCGAGGAAGAGGAGGUUGACGAAACCGGCGUGGAAGUGAAGGACAUUGAGCUGGUGAUGUCCCAGGCGAACGUGUCCAGGGCGAAGGCCGUCCGUGCGCUGAAGAACAACAACAACGACAUCGUCAAUGCCAUCAUGGAGCUGACCAUGUGAGCAUCCGGACGGGAGUGUGCGGUGGUGUGGCGUGAGGUCUCGUAGCUGCGAGUAACGUUUGUACAAUUUAUACUGAUAUUGCAAAUAAACUUAUGGGUUGAGAAGAUG